AGCCACACACCACAACGCAAAUCCACCCCCAUCUGGCACGGCUUGGCGCGGGCGGUGGCGCGGGCGGUUAAGCGGCAGACACAGAAAGUAGCGCAAGGAGUACAAAGUGUAUAUGAUGAUGAAGAGUAUCUUUUGGCUUUAAUUGCAAAAGACGAUUAUAAAAAUGAACAAAAAUGCAAAGAAAAAUUAGAAGAAUAUUGUAAAGCAUUAACAGAUGCAGAAUUAGAACCAGAAAAAGUUCACAAAAAACUUAAGGACUUUUGUAAAAAAGGAACAGAAACAGAAAAAUGUAAAAAAUUAAAAGAUAAUGUUGAAAAAAAAUGCACUGAAUUUCAAAGAAAAUUAAAACAAGAGACAACAAAAGAUAUUUCAGCAUUAAAAGAUGAUGAGUGUACGAAAAAUGAACAACAAUGCUUAUUUUUUGAGGGAGCAUGCCCUAAUCUUGUAGAAGAUUGUAACAAACUAAGAAAUCUAUGUUACCAGAAAAAACGUAACGGAGUAGCAGAAGAUGUCCUUUUGAGGGCGCUUCGCGGAAAUUUAACUAAUGAAACUACAUGUCAAGGAAAUCUUAAAGAGGUUUGCCCAAUCUUAGGAAAGGAAAGUGACGAGUUAACAAACUUGUGUCUGAACCAGAAAAAUACGUGCGAUAAUAUUAUAAAGGAAAAAAAUAAAAAAUGUAGUACUCUUAAAACAGAUGUUUCAGUAGCACUUGGAAGUUUUAAAAAAGAAAAAUGCCUAUCAUUACUUGAAGAAUGUUAUUUUUACGUUGGAAACUGCCAAGAAGACGAUAUAAUUGAAUGUAUUAAAUUGGGAGAGAAAUGCCAGGAACAAAACAUUGUUUAUAUACCACCUGGACCCGAUUUUGAUCCAACUAGACCAGAGGCUACACUAGCAGAAGACAUAGAUCUGGAAGAGCUUUAUAAGAAGGCAGAAGAGGAUGGUGUUUUUAUUGGGAGACAACAUGUAAGAGAUGCAACGGCUUUGUUGGCGUUGUUAAUUCAAGACCCAAGUGCAGCAGGUAAUGAUAAUAAAGAAAAAUGCAAAAAAGCUCUUGAGAAAAAAUGCAAAACCCCACAAGAACAUGAGGCCUUGAAUAGUUUAUGUAAGGAAAGUGGUCUAAGUGAUGAUGGAACGAAAAAAUGUGAUGAGCUAGAAAAAGAUAUCAAAAGAACAUGUGAUAUUCUUAUGUCAAAACUUACAAAUAAUCGUCUUUUUGACCCAAAAAAAGGAAAUAAUGGAAUUCUUGGAUGGGGAGGGUUGCCAACAUUUCUUAGUAACGAAGAGUGUGCAAGACUAGAAUCUUACUGCUUUUAUUAUAAAGAAGCAUGUCCAGAUGGUAAAAAAGCAUGUGUGAAUGUAAGGGCAGCGUGUUACAAAAGAGGACUUGAUGCACGAGCAAAUAAAGUACUGCAAGAAAAUAUGCGUAGGUUAUUGCAUGGUUCAAAUAAAGAUUGGCUUAAGAAAUUUCAACAAGAAUUAGUAAAAGUAUGUGAGAAACUGAAAGAAGAAAAUAAAGGAAGUUUUUCAAACGAUGAACUAUUUGUUCUGUGUGUACAGCCAGCAAAAGCGGCCCGGUUGCUUACACACGAUCAUCAAAUGAGAGUUAUCUUUUUACGACAACAGUUGGAUCAAAAGCGAGAUUUUCCGACAGAUAAAGACUGCAAGGAAUUGGGGAGAAAGUGUGAAGCUUUAGGAAAGGAUUCAAAUCAGAUUCAAUGGCCAUGUCAUACACUGGAGCAGCAAUGCAAUCGCUUGGGGACUACAGAAAUCUUGAAGCAGGUUUUACUGAAUGAACACAAGGAUACUUUGAAAACUCAUGAAAACUGUGUAACAUAUUUAAAGGAAAAAUGCCAUAAAUGGUCUAGAAGAGGAGAUGAUCGUUUCUCUUUUGUAUGUGUCUUCCAAAAUGCUACGUGUGAGCUGAUGGUAAAAGACGUACAAGAUAGGUGCAAAGUAUUCAAGAAAAAUAUAGAGGUUGCAGAGAUCGUUGAGUUUCUUAAAAAUAACACGAAUAACAUAACAACAUUAGGAAAUGUUUGCCCAUUUUGGGACCCAUAUUGUGACAAAUUUUCACCUAAUUGCCAAAGUCUUAAAGGAAAUACUUGUACAAAAAUUAAAAAACAUUGUAAACCAUUUUAUGAAAGAAAGGCUUUAGAAGACGCACUUAAGGCAGAGCUUCGAGGAAAGUUGAGUGAUAAAAAGAAAUGUACUACAGCAUUGGAGGGAUAUUGUACACAAUUAGGAAAAUUAAAUAAUGAAUCUAUCAGAAGUUUAUGUAAAGAUAACACCAAGAAUAACCCUAAGAAGAAUGAUGAAGAUGUUAGGAAGGAGCUCUGUGAUAAAUUAGUAGAAGAGGUAGAACAGCAAUGUAAAGUAUUACCAAAAGAACUAGAACAACCAGAAAAAGACUUAGAAGAAGAUCAUAAGACAUAUGAAGGACUUAAGGAAAAGGCAAAGAAAGCAAUGAACAAGUCCAAUCUUGUUUUAUCAUUCGUUAAAAAAGACGGGAAUAAUACAUCGAAAAAUAAUAGCAAAAAGGAUAAGAAUGCCGUUUCAAACGGAUUUCAAGAUACCACAGAACAUGUGAAAAUACUACGGAGAGGAGUUAAGGAUGUACUUGUGACAGAAUUGGAAGCCAAAGCAUUUGAUUUGGCAGCAGAAGUAUUUGGAAGAUAUGUAGAUUUGAAGGAAAGAUGUGAGAAAUUAAAAUCGGAUUGCGGGAUUAAAGACGAUUGUAAAGAUCUAGAAAAUGUAUGCAAAAAGAUCGAGAAAACAUGUAGCGAUCUGAAGCCUCUGGAGGUGAAGCCACACGAAAUAGUCACAGAAAGCACAACGACGACCACGACGACAACAACAACCGUUACCGAUCCGAAGGCAUCAGAAUGCAAAUCCCUACAGACGACAGAUACAUGGGUUACACAGACAUCGACACACACAAGCACAUCUACCAUCACAUCUACCAUCACAUCAAAAAUAACAUUGACAUCAACGAGGCGAUGCAAACCAACCAAGUGUACGACAGGGGAUGAUGCAGGAGACGUGAAACCGAGUGAGGGAUUGAAGAUGAGUGGGUGGAGCGUGAUGAGGGGGGUGAUAUUAGCAAUGAUGAUUUCAAUAAUGAUUUAA